GCUCUUUGUGCUUGUAUUUCAAUCGCCUGCAGUGGUUCCUUGUAGUCGCACGCUGACGACGCUCGCCCUUCGUCAGAUUCUUUCGGGCAGAAAAGCGACGGCAAGCGAACUAACGCACAAUCUCCACGUAAAACUGAAGUUAAAAACUUAGUGCUGCCGACAGUCAAAUGAUGAUCACGAGGUUCUUAGUAUUGCUGUGGCUCAGUAAUUGGGUAAUCGGAACGUUCAGUGAAAGAAACAUCAAGACAAAUUCGUACAGGAUAAGACGGCAAACAGACGUCACUGAUGGGGAUGGGGACCAACAGACCAUCACUGUCACAGGGGAACCAGGAGAUGCUGGAGCCGAAGGAGAACGGGGCCCACCUGGAUACACAGGACCCCCAGGAACACAGGGACCGAGAGGAUCACGGGGUCCCCAAGGCAGCAGGGGUCAGCAGGGUAUUACAGGACCUCCUGGUCUCCCAGGCCCGCCAGGACCCCCGGGAACCACGCUGUACGAGUCGAUACCUGGCGAAAAGGGACCUGUCAUUCGACCAAUCGUUGUGACAACAGCUGCCAUAAAAAUGAAGGUAAUUAGAGGAGCUCCUGGAGCCAAAGGACUUCCUGGCUCAAGGGGCAUGAUGGGUAUUUCAGGAGAGCCGGGAGGAAUUGGUGAAAUGGGCGUCAAUGGAGAACGUGGUGAUCCUGGUGGACCAGGUCUGCCCGGAUUAGAUGGAACUCCAGGUGAGAGAGGAAAACCUGGCAAACAAGGGCCUCCUGGUAUGAAAGGAUAUCAAGGUGGUAUUGGCGACUCCGGUUAUGAUGGAGUCCUGGGUCGUGAUGGUCACCGCGGAAGGCGUGGUAAACCAGGUCCUAAGGGUUUCCGUGGUGACGACGGAGACGAGGGGUCCGUAGGACCGGAUGGGACUCAAGGACUUGACGGUGAACAGGGAGAUCCUGGGCCCCAUGGAAGGCAAGGAACUGUGGGAUAUCCUGGUGACCUUGGAAGUCAAGGUAAAGCAGGAGCUGAAGGAGACAUCGGGCUUGAAGGAUCUAAAGGAGUAGCGGGGCCUCCUGGUCUCCCAGGCCCCCCUGGGGAGGUAGGGUCAACGGGACAAGCGGGUGAAAAGGGACCCCUGGGAUAUCAGGGGGAGAGAGGCUCCAGGGGCUCCACAGGAACUCAGGGGCCCCCUGGAAACAGUGGGGAUGACGGCAUCCAAGGUGGUCCAGGCUUCAAAGGAAGACAGGGUGAAGUUGGUAUCAAUGGACUCGAAGGCAGUCAAGGUCCUUCUGGAGAAAGGGGAAUUCCUGGAGAUGCAGGGCCAACUGGAGGAGACGGUCCACUGGGUAACUACGGAGAACCUGGAGCGCGCGGAGGACCUGGGGAUAAAGGAACAACGGGUCGGCACGGAGCUCCUGGGAGUCUUGGUUUGCCAGGAGGACGUGGACUUAAGGGAAAACAAGGUCAUCCAGGACCACAGGGUCAGUCUGGUCGUGAAGGAGAUCAAGGAAUAUCUGGUGGCCUAGGCCUGAAUGGAAGAGAAGGAUCAACUGGUGCAAUGGGCUCCAUGGGUCACCGAGGAAACAGAGGAGAGCGCGGCAGUAAGGGAACCAAAGGCGGAGGAGGAAGAGCAGGGCCUCCAGGAUCACCCGGUCUUGCUGGUCUCCGCGGAUGGCGUGGUCAGCUGGGAGGAGGAGGGACGCCUGGAAUCCCUGGAGAACUUGGAGACAAUGGCCGGCCUGGUAGACAAGGGAAGGGUGGUUUGGCUGGUGUGGCAGGACUGAUGGGAUCAACAGGAAAGAAAGGACAACGGGGUCCUCAAGGAAAACUUGGAACACCUGGUUUGACCGGUAAAAGUGGCCCUAAGGGAAACAGGGGUGCAGCUGGGGAGCCAGGCAAAGUGGGAGCCACAGGGCAAUUGGGUCGAGCGGGACCUGGUGGUGAAACAGGAGAACAGGGGCUUCCCGGUGACAUGGGUGAAACAGGCUCUGAGGGUGUCCAAGGAGAAAAGGGCGAGCAGGGCAGAAUGGGUUUGAAAGGUGAUCGAGGAGAAAAUGGUUUUCCAGGAAGAGAGGGAGAUGCCGGUAUUUCUGGGAUGGAAGGAGAAACAGGAGACAUGGGCAGUGUUGGACCACAAGGCAUUCAAGGAAAUAUUGGCAGACCGGGAAAUAUGGGAUUGCCUGGACCCAUUGGAACAAUAGGACAGGACGGAAGCCUUGGUCCACGGGGUGCAGUGGGAGCGACAGGUGCUGUGGGAGAGCCCGGAGUCAAAGGGGAAAUGGGACAUGCAGGUUUGAAUGGCCGACCCGGCCAAUCAGGAUCGAUGGGACAAAAGGGGGCGAGUGGAGAAAAUGGAAAGCAAGGAGAACGUGGUCCAGAAGGAAACAGGGGAACUCCAGGCAACAAUGGUUUGCCUGGACUUCAUGCCACUCAGGGAGACACGGGCGAGAAAGGAGUGGCUGGUAUUAAGGGUCUUAUAGGAUACAGAGGUCAAACGGGUCCUGUUGGAGAGAUGGGUCUUCAGGGGCCAACGGGUCUAAAAGGAGCUAAGGGUCCAAACGGAGAUGAGGGGAUGACUGGAGAAAGGGGAGAAGAAGGAGAACUGGGAAUUGCAGGUUCUGUGGGUGCAAAGGGAGAAGCUGGUGAUAGAGGAGAACAGGGUUUGGAGGGAGCACCUGGAGACUUAGGAAAUAAAGGAGACCCUGGAAUACCGGGAGAAGCUGGAUCUGAGGGAUCUCUUGGUGAACGAGGACAAAAUGGCAUUAAGGGACUCAACGGUGAUUUUGGACCUAAAGGUUCUCGAGGCUCAACAGGAUUUUCAGGCUCCACUGGCUUAACUGGAAACCCUGGUGAGCCAGGACAAACUGGGGCUCAGGGCUCUGUAGGACCACCAGGCGUAAAUGGACCUUCUGGCAGCAAAGGACCAAUCGGACUAGUUGGUAAACGUGGAGCCACAGGACAAAUUGGCGGAGAAGGACCAAAGGGAGAAAGAGGAGAACCAGGUAGUGAUGGUGAAGACGGCACAACAGGGAGAGAGGGUAGCAUUGGACUUCCCGGAAAGAAUGGAAACCGAGGAGAAAAGGCAGAUGAAGGUCCCCGAGGUUUAAUGGGGAAAAUUGGACUGGCUGGGAAACCAGGUGAAAAGGGUCUUCCUGGGGCAUCUGGUUCAACAGGUGCCUCCGGUCUGCAAGGAGUUAAAGGAAUGCAGGGAGCUCGAGGAGAUCAAGGGGCCACAGGACAUUUUGGGGAAGAUGGUCCUCACGGAGUCACCGGUUAUCCAGGCUUACCUGGGAAACAAGGGGUCAAGGGCGACACUGGCGAGUUAGGAGAUGAUGGCAUUAGAGGAAGAGCAGGGGAAAAGGGAAGUAGAGGAAUCAGAGGCGCGAAAGGACCCAUAGGGUCUAAAGGUGCACAGGGUCCUCUAGGUGAGCCUGGUCUCGUAGGACCGUUUGGACCAGCUGGACCGCAGGGAGCUGGCGGUAUCAGAGGAAGCCAAGGAUCUCCUGGGUUACAAGGAAUUCUUGGACCACCUGGUUCACCAGGAGGCUUUGGAAACAAAGGAGAUGCUGGACCACAGGGACCAGAUGGACUUCAGGGUCCCCCAGGACCGUCAGGUGCACCAGGACAGGCGGCAGAUAUUUCCAGCUGGAUUUCACAACAGAGGUAUGGAUUCCUUGAGGAGUCUUUGACUCAGAGUAAUACCAAGUCCUCUCUGUACAAAAGUAAAAGUUUGCCCCGACAGACACUAAAAACAAAUUCCAAACAUAAAGAGGUGACAAACGGAAACUACUUCUCCCAACAUGAUCCAUCCGGGUGGAGAAAUUUUGCAUCCUUAAAUAGCAGAGCCUCAUCACUAGCGUUAGAAGAGGGAAACAGUCCAGUUAUCGAAGCCAUAAAUAACCAAGUCCAGUCGUUGAUAACCUGCAGACGAUUUCUAGGUACCAGACGUUACCCAGCCAGAACAUGCCGAGACCUGAAGCAACUUGAGCCUAAUGUUACCAAUGGUCACUACUGGAUUGAUCCCAAUGGUGGGCCAGUGGAUGAUGCAGUCCGAGCUUAUUGUGAUUUUCACUUUAACGCAACAUGCAUUCAUCCAAAAAAGAGUAAGACAGAAAACAAGAAAUGGUUCUUUGGACCUGACGGGUACAAGUGGUUUUCUAAGGAAUUUGAUGAUCUACCCCAGUUUGUUUAUGACUGCGACCCAAUUCAACUGACAUUCCUUCGGCUGCUAAGCAACCGCGCAAAACAGAUCAUCACCUAUCAUUGUUUAAACUCCUCUGCCUGGUUCAAGCAAAGUACUGGGAGCUAUGAAUAUUCCAUUAAGCUUAAAGCAGAAAAUGGAAUUGAGAUUUACGCUCAGGGAACCAUAAAAUACAAACCUACCAUACUUCUUGACGAAUGCAAGAUUAAAGAUGGUGCAUGGCGUAGAACGAUUUUGGAGGUCAAUACUUCUAAAACACACAGACUUCCAAUAAAAGAUGUGGCAGUACAUGAUGUUGGAGAUACUGGAGAAGAGUUUGGUCUUGAAAUUGGUCCUGUGUGCUUCUCGUGACGAUGCGAAUAAAAACAAGAAUAAAUAUACCAUAGGAAUCGGAAGACAGAAAGAAACUCUGUCAACUCUAAAAUUUACUGCAGUGUAAAAUCACUUCAUUUUUAGAUUUUAAAAAACUACUGUUAAGGUAUUAUCGAAACAUAUGGUUAUUAGUUUGGUAUCGUCUCAAAGUUGUGCCUGAAAAUAGAGGUAAGUGUCCUUUUCAGCGGCGAACGUGUUGUUGUUGUUACGCGAAAGUGUCAGAUUUUAAAUA